AGGAGAUACUAGGAAUCGGUACUGAUAUUCGUUUCGCCGGGUUUUUCUGCUCGAGCACAUUCGAUAAAGCGAGUAAUCCGAAGUACAUAUUUCCAACCCUCGCGGGCCAGCUUUGCCAAUGCGAUGAUACCAUUUACUCCAUUCUGGAGCCUAUGCUCGGACAGCAAGAUCCCACUAGUGGCUCCGGGGAGACACAGUUCGAGAAGCUUUUGAUCAGUCCUCUGGGUAGUGUCAACGGGACUACGUUGCUUGUCAUUGACGGACUGGAUGAGUGCAAAGGUCUCUUGGACCAUGCCUUCGAAGUGCUCAAUACUCUGCUCAUUAACGUUAGUAGAGUGACCGCAUUGAAGGUCCUCAUCAGUUCCCGCUCCAAUUCUCCAAUUUUCGAACAGCUUUUCUUGAAGGUUUCCGAAAACCCUUCAGGAUAUCGUUGCUUUUCACUAGACGAGGACGUCAGCUUGCCUGAAUUGCGCCACGAUCUACGUCUUUUGCUUGCUGUAGAGCUCAAAACAAGGGGAUUCGGCCAAAAGGACAUAAUCUCGUUACAGAAUGUCAUCAACAAUGCCAACUGCUCGUUCUUCGUUGCUUUGACCGCAUGUCAAGAACUUAUCGGCCCGUUCGGAAAUUCUUCGAAACAGGCGGAUAGUUUCAAGGAUCUGCUUUCGCGCGGGACGAACAAGAUUUAUGAGUCCGUCAUAGAGCGGGCGUUGUCCGUCGUCGAUUCCAAUGAUGAUUCUGGUGAUCCCAUUCAGCGCCGCGGUCUGUAUGCUGCCUUGGUCAUGGUCGCUUUUGGACAGGACUCCUUAAGCUUGAUCGAACUAGCACCCUUGUUAGGCAUUCCCAUUGACGAGCUGCGAGGUUUUUUCUCCGGCUUUCCCGAGAACAUACUCAGUGUCAAGGAUGAGACUGUGCUCAUUCUUCACUCAUCGUUCCAGGAUCAUUUAAAAUCCGGCCAAUUGGCCCAACCAGACGGUUCACUGCAAGAUUGCAUGCACUUAUAUAUCACUCGACUUCUAUUAUGUCUUAUGAAUAAAUAUCUGCAUCGGCAUAUCUCUGGCCCGGGAGGUUUCCGACUUCAUGCGAAUACCACUAGACAGUCUCCAAGGCAAGACAGUAAAAUCACUCCGGAUCUAUCUUAUGCUUGUCGUUAUUGGCCCGAACAUCUGGUCAUGAUAAAUAUGUUGACGGCGCAGGAGGAGAGACAAUCUCUUUUCUUUAUCUUACAAGAGUUCUUCCAUGCACAUCUACUCCAUUGGCUUGAAGUGUUAGCAGCACUGGGUGAAAUGGAUCGUAUUGCUUCGGCUCUCAAUGUCCUGUUGAAAUGGAUUGAGGAUAAUUGUGACUCGGGGUUGGGUGAUCAUUCAUCUUUGGAAGGCACAGUUUCCGAUGCGUUAAAGUCAUUCAAGUUGUUUCGUACGGCCAUAGAGUCAUCGCCACAUCAAGUCUACCACAGUUUUCUUCUUCCUUGGACGCCCUCUGGCAGGCGAGUAGCGGAACUAUACCGUCAUGUUGAAGCAUCCGUCACGGUGGCUGAAGUGACUUGCCAUCGAAGACAAUUGAUCACGAUUGAGCCCAGCAUUGAUAAUGUCCAAGAACCUUUGAAGAUCAAGCUUUCGCAAGAUGCGUCUCGAGUCGCGGUCGUGAAAAAAGACCGUAUAGAGAUUGGAGAAAACGCUAAGGACACAUUUGAGGUGUUUCUGGAUGAUUCCGGCUCGCAGUCAUAUAUUGACGCAUUGUUUGUUGGAAAGGAUAAUAUCCUCGUCACAACGUUAUCUCGUUCCAGUUACGUGGAGGUUCACCUUUGGAAUGUCAUAUCGAAGAAAAUCGAGAAAACCUUACUGCAGCAAUACCAAGCAACUGGGUCUAAGAUGCUUCCUAUAUUGGUGUUUCAUUCUGAACGCGGAACUCCCAGUCUGGUCGCACUCUUGACUUCGUCUAAGAGAUCAAAAUCCUCAGAACAGAUUGCUCGCUCUUUCCUCGCAUCACAUUCUAGUCGGGCUUCAUUUGAAGAAGUUACCGGCGGGGGGCUCAACUAGAACUCUGGAUUUGAAUUUUGCUGAAUCACCUCGUUGCGCUACAUUCUCUUCCGACGGCGACACACUUGCUAUCGCUAGUGAUACUGGGAUAUCACUUUUUACCCAUAUCCUUGAGGGUACCGCGUUAAAAAUGUCUCCCUCCAUCGUCCUCCCAGUUUCUCACCAAAUUUCCGCCCUAGCACUCAGCCCAGUAGGGCGGUAUCUUGCUGCCACCGGACAGUCAUUUUUGUGGGCUUGGAAAUUAGGAGAUGAACAACCAUUAAUGAGGCUCCAGAACGAACAGAAACGGACCGUUUCUUCCGUUGUGUUCUCAAAGGACGGGAAAUAUCUCCAUUGUGCUCAUAUAUGUCCCGGUUCCAGGACGGCAUUGUUUGACAU